AUGACCACAUGGAAAGAGAGGCACUUCCUCUGUAAAGACAAGUAUGUGUCAUGGCCAGGGUUUUCUCCAAGACCCUACCAUAAACUGGCUGUUAAAAGACCACCCCACACAGAUGCCAAAAUAAGUGUUAGCCACAAAACACGUUGCCCAGUGGAGGAUGGCCUAUGGCACGUCUGGGGAUACCAUACAUGGCUGGAUGUAGGGAGGUUGCCAGCAAUCUAUCGCCCAAGACCGGAUAAGCCUUUUGAUAGCAACACAUGGCGAUGGAUCACCGCUCCCAGGAAAGAAUUCAUGGCUGUGCCACCAGUCCCACCUCCUUCACAGUUGGAUGGGAACACCUACGUUAAGUUCAUUGAAGGGGACGCCUUGUUUGUGGAUCGGAGAUUUAAAGAGAGAGUUCUGACCCGAACAAAGAACGAAAUGAAACGGUGUGAUCAACUCAAACUGAGGAGCGAGUGCCGAGCUCCUCCUUUGGACGCUGAAGGAAAUAUCCUGCCUCCGAAAGGUUUCAUACGAUACAAGCGCCUGCUUCCAAGGAAAAGCCCAGCCUCGCUUUGUGUCCAACUGCAGCCUGUCACACCUCCUUCUAGGGACUGCUGGGCUUACCCUUGCCCAAACCCCCAACCCCAUUACCAGGAGGCUGCUGUCAAGUUUGCCCUGAAGAACAGCAGCCCCAUCUACCCAGAGUUGGUAGAAAAAUAUCAGGAACUGGCUCUUUCUGGGAGCAAAAUCAGCAAAGUAAGGCCAUGUACACCUGUCACUGAAUAA